CCAGCCCCAGGUUCCUGCAAACUCCCGGAGGCCCAGGCAACCUUGCGGACGCUAUCUGCCUGGUCCUUAUCCUCGCGGACUUCCAGUCACAAGACCCGCACGUAACUAGGAUUACAGGUGUGAGCCACUGUUGCCCAGCAGUGCUGCCUUUUAUUAGCUUGCUGACCUUAGCUCAAGAGAUGGCUGCCCAGUGUGUCACAAAGGUGGAGCUAAAUGUUUCCUGUGACAAUCUUUUGGAUAGCGAUGUAACAUCGAAGUCGGACCCUUUAUGUGUGCUAUUUCUGAACACAAGCGGUCAGCAGUGGUAUGAGGUUGAACGUACAGAAAGAAUUAAGAAUUGCCUGAAUCCCAAAUUUUCCAAGACGUUUAUUAUUGAUUACUACUUUGAAGUGGUUCAGAAAUUGAAAUUUGGGAUUUAUGACAUUGACAACAAAACUGUUGAGCUGAGCGACGAUGACUUCUUAGGAGAAUGUGAAUGCACCCUUGGACAAAUUGUUUCCAGUAAGAAGCUAACUCGACCACUGGUACUUAAAAAUGGCAGACCUGCUGGAAAAGGGAGCAUUACGGUUUCAGCAGAAGAAAUAAAAGAUAAUAGAGUGGUCUUGUUGGAAAUGGAAGCCAGAAAACUGGAUAAUAAGGAUCUGUUUGGAAAGUCAGACCCAUACCUGGAGUUUCACAAGCAGACAUCGGAUGGAAACUGGCUAAUGGUUCAUCGAACAGAGGUUAUUAAAAACAACCUGAAUCCUGUUUGGAAGCCUUUUAAAAUCUCCCUUAACUCCUUAUGCUACGGAGAUAUGGACAAAACCAUUAAGGUAGAGUGUUAUGAUUAUGACAAUGAUGGAUCACAUGAUCUUAUUGGAACAUUUCAAACCACCAUGACAAAACUGAAAGAAGCUGCCAGAAACUCACCUGUUGAGUAUGAAUGCAUAAAUGAAAAAAAGAGGCAGAAGAAAAAAAGCUAUAAAAAUUCAGGUGUUAUCAGUGUGAAACACUGUGAGAUUACAGUAGAAUGCACAUUCCUUGACUACAUCAUGGGAGGAUGCCAGCUGAGUUUUACUGUGGGAGUGGACUUCACUGGCUCCAAUGGUGACCCAAGGUCUCCGGACUCCCUUCAUUACAUGAGUCCUAAUGGUGUUAAUGAGUAUUUGACUGCCAUCUGGUCUGUGGGAUUGGUCAUUCAAGAUUAUGAUACUGAUAAGAUGUUUCCAGCUUUUGGAUUUGGAGCUCAGAUACCUCCUCAGUGGCAGGUAUCGCAUGAGUUUCCAAUGAACUUUAAUCCAUCCAAUCCCUACUGCAAUGGAAUUCAAGGCAUUAUAGAGGCUUAUCGGGCCUGUCUUCCUCAGAUAAAACUCUAUGGACCAACUAAUUUUUCUCCAAUCAUAAAUCAUGUGGCCAGGUUUGCAGCUGUGGCCACACAACAGCAGACAGCUUCUCAAUAUUUUGUGCUCUUGAUCAUUACUGAUGGUGUGAUCACUGACCUUGAUGAAACCAGGCGAGCUAUAGUUCAUGCUGCCAAGCUGCCUAUGUCCAUCAUCAUCGUUGGAGUUGGAGGAGCUGACUUCAGUGCCAUGGAGUUUCUAGAUGGUGAUGGGGGAAGUCUCCGCUCCCCAGAAGGCGAGAUGGCCAUCAGGGAUAUUGUCCAGUUUGUGCCUUUCAGACAGUUCCAGAAUGCCCCUAAAGAAGCACUUGCACAGUGUGUCUUGGCGGAAAUUCCCCAGCAGGUGGUGGGUUACUUCAACACGUACAAACUCCUUCCUCCCAAGAACCCUGCUACGAAGUAAAAGGAGCUGUGACCACUUCAAAGAACUUCUUAUGCUGUGAGAAGCAGUGCCAUCUCUUACACAAAAUCAUGUGUCUACAUUCUAUGUACUUUUUACCGCCAGCAUGUAUAAUGGCAACCUAGCUUUUCAUUUAUUAUAUCUGUUUAAAGCAUAGUUUUUAUACUUUUGAGGGGGACAGUGCCUAGUCCAUCUUUGCUCAAUCAACUCACAAUUGCUAGUGAUUUACAAUAAUUGCAGUGAAGCUGUUUGAAUUAGAACUUAGUGUGGGGAAAGAUGAUUUUUGUGGUUUUGUUGUUUACUUUCUUUGGAUGAAAAUGCCAUUUUUAUAUGUUGCUGGUAGAAGGAAUGGAAAAUUGUUAGGGCGAUGGGAUUUGCAAAUUGCUGUACUUUGUACUUUGUUCAUAGUAAAUGUUUUGCAAGCCAUGGCCCAUGUUAUUGAUUGAGAGAGCUUCUUAAAUUAGGUAAUACUGAAUUUAUUGUUAUAACUAUAUUCAGUCCUUUUCCAUGGGGAAAACUUCUUUUACUUGGCACCUAUUUUUGCUGCAGUUUAGAUACUGCGUGGCUUACAAAACAGCAUGUAUUCACAUGGGACUUCAUGAAAAGAAAAGGCACAUACUCAAUUCUUUAAAUGUAUUGUAAGUAAAAAGAUCUUCGUGUGAGUAAAUCAUUUUUAAUUUGUCUUUCUAGAUCUUUUAUUUUCAUUGUGGAAUGCUGUAAACAUGGGCACAUUUUGCCUGUUCUUUCAUUGACUGAAUGUGACACUAAGGAUUCUGUAGAUGCACAAAUGAUAAGUUGUCCCAGAUUUAACAUUAUUAGAUUAUUUUAAUUGGGGUUUUCUAAAGUGGUGAGGAUUGCUUUGUUCAGGAAAGCUAUGAGGACCAAACAUACAAGGUAAAAACUCAGAAUUCCAUUUUCCUCUAACUGAAGACUUAUUUUUUUUAAAGUAGUUUUUAUACCUUCCUUGCUAAGAUCCCAUACAUUGAUUUGUACAGAUUUACUUAGACA